AAUCUGCUGCUCCAGUCUCGCGUCGAGUCCCGUAGGCGCAUCUUUUCGGGGCUCGUUCCCUCUUGCCCUUCGACACCGUAGUGUUUCCGAAAACUUUAGGAGGAGGUCUUCUUCGAGGGCUAUAUGUAAUCGUGCAGUUCGAUCUUUUUAAUUUAUCGAGGGAAGAGUUCGAGUGGGAGGGUGCAUGGUGACUUGGGAGUUUACAUGAAUGAGGUUCGGUGUGUUUGGUAGAAUCGUAUGGGGGUUCAUGGUGGAGUGAUGUUACCUUCGUUGACAGAAUGACUUAAAUAUUAGAGGAGACUCGUAAAAAAAUCGUGAACGAAGCAUCGGUCAACCCCUGUAAAAGUCUCCCUAAAGCAGAAGAAGAGCUCUUCUCCCGCAGCAGAAUUCCUCGCGUGUCAGAUUACCCAUCGGCCGUUCGAUCAAGAACCAUGAUCGAGGAUCCGAUCGUGGUGUCGAUCGCGAAGCACCGUUGAAUCGUUCGAGUCCCUCAGUGUUCGAAUAGUGAUCUAGUACCAUGAGUGUGACACGAGCCAACGAAUAACUAGACGGAUCGUGUUCGAACAGUUUGUCGCUUGAAUCGAUGUUGCUGGCCGUGAAAAUGCCGAACCAAGUGUUGUUUCUCGCGACGUGGUUGCUGCUGAUCGUUCCCCGAGGAAUCUCGGCAACGGGACAACGUUACACCACCAGCUCGACCCAGGAUCUGGACAACACUCUGCAAUCAGUACCACCUCUUGGGCCAAACGUGUGCAGGUCAAGAUACAAGAAUUACUGCUGCCCCGGCUGGACGAAGAAGCCCGAGACCGGUCUCUGUGUAAUCCCGGUGUGUACGAGACGAUGCGGUUCACUGGGCAGAUGCAUCAGACCAAACAUAUGUUUGUGCGAGGGUGGCACGGUAGCCUCCUCUUGCAGUAGUAGCCAAACCAAAGCUUCCAGCCACGAAAGUGGAAACGCGUUAGACAGGGGUGAGUCCGGUAGGUGCAGGGCGCACUGCAUAAACGGAAACUGCGUGGAUGGCAGGUGUCAGUGUCGUAGUGGAUACCAAGGAGAGUUCUGCAACGAACCGAUCUGUCGCGAGCCGUGUCUGAAUCAAGGAAGGUGUAUCGGUCCAGAUCGCUGCGCCUGCAUCUACGGAUACACAGGUAGACGCUGUGAAACCGAUUACAGGACCGGUCCUUGUUACACGAAGGUAAAGAACGGUCAAUGUUUGGCGAAUCUUCAGGGUGUCGUUUGCACCCGACAAUUGUGCUGCGCUACUGUGGGCAAGGGUUGGGGUCACCCUUGCGAAAGGUGUCCGGCCAGACUCGAUUGCGAACUAGGACACUUGAAAACUAAUCAAGGCCAAUGCGUCGAUAUCAACGAGUGCGAAGCGAUACCAGGGUUAUGCGAGGGUGGCAAGUGCCUGAACACUCCAGGAUCGUUCACCUGCGAAUGUCCUGAUGGGCAGGCGAGAGACCCCGAGACAAACUCCUGCAAGGAUCGGGACGAGUGUCAGGAGGAAGGAAUCUGUACAGAUGGACGCUGCGUGAACACAAAUGGCGGAUAUUACUGUCUAUGCAAUCCUGGAUUCAUUCAGAGCCAAGAUCGAAAAUUCUGUAUCGACGGGAGGCAAGGACUAUGUUACACGUCGGUGAACAGGAACGGUCAGUGCAGAAACCGACUAGCAAUGAGGCUGAGCAAGAAGGAUUGCUGCUGCGGCAAGAACAUGGGACGCGGUUGGGGCGACGAGUGCUACAUUUGUCCCAAUCCCGGAAGUGACGAUUACAGCAGGCUAUGCUUGCAACAAUUGCAACCGAUCACCGCCAUAAACGAGUGCGUUCUACGACCGGACAUUUGCGGAAGCGGGAAGUGUAUCGACACGGAGGAUGGAUACGAGUGCGAUUGUUAUCCCGGUUUCACGAAGAAGGCUGGCAGAUGCGAGGACGUCGACGAGUGUCUCUUGGGAUACUGCCAGGGUGGCACUUGCCAGAAUUACGAGGGUAGUUUUACCUGCCAGUGCCCUCCAGGUUUCGUCGUGUCGGGAGAGGGAAGAUAUUGCACAGAUCACGAUGAAUGUCAGGACACAGGAAUGUGCAACAACGGACACUGCAUCAACAUGAACGGGUCCUUCAAGUGCAAGUGCAACGAUGGUUAUGCUUUGUCACCUACGAGGAACACUUGCAUCGAUAUCAACGAAUGCGCCGACAAUCCUCGUAUCUGCUUGAACGGAAGAUGCGAGAACACCCCAGGAUCGUAUCACUGCAUCUGUCAAUCUGGAUUCACCGCGUCACGAGAUAACACGUUCUGCGUCGACAUGGACGAGUGUUCCACCAGUGGCAUGUGCGAGAACGGGAAGUGCGUGAACAUGGAGGGUUCUUUCAAAUGCGUCUGCGACUCUGGCUUCCGGAUCGGGCCGGAUCAAAGCCACUGCAUCGAUAUCGACGAGUGUCUAAGCGGACCCUGUCAGAAUGGACGCUGCAUCAACACCCCUGGCAGCUUCCGGUGCGAAUGUCACCCUGGAUUCAACUUAGGACCAGAUGGAAGAUCCUGCUUAGACACGAGAAGAGAUUUGUGCUACUCGCAAUACAAGGAUGGACAGUGUUCUAAUCCGACAUCGACAGCGGUGACAAAAUCAAGUUGCUGCUGUUGCACCGUGAUCCUGGGUCAACCCAUGGGCUGGGGAAGUACCUGUCAACCUUGUCCACUUCCUGGCACCACAGAAUUUGAUGCUUUGUGUCCCCAUGGAGCUGGAAUGACUUACAAUGGAGAUGACAUCAACGAGUGCGCACAGAACCCCAAUAUCUGCGUGAACGGUGGUUGCGAGAACCUGAUGGGAACCUAUCGCUGCAUCUGCGACAGUGGCUACGAGGUGGACUCCACCGGAAAACAGUGCAGCGAUAUAAAUGAAUGCGAACUAGAAGAGUCCCUCUGCAGCGGUGGUCAAUGUCGAAACACGCCCGGAAGCUUCCAGUGUAUCUGUCCAAGUGGAACGAGAUUCAACACGCAGAACCACAUGUGCGAGGACAUCGACGAGUGCGAGGAACUCGGUCCGGAUGUGUGCUUGAACGGGAUCUGUGUGAACACUCCGACUUCCUACGAGUGCGAGUGCUCUCCGGGAUACGUUCUCGAUCACAGUGGCCACAUAUGCAUGGAUAACAGGAGGGGUUCCUGCUGGACGAAAAUGAUAGACGGUCGCUGCGAGUACAAUCUACCGAGACUGGCACUCAAAUCGGAGUGCUGUUGCUCGGUGGGAGUUGCUUGGGGAAGCCCUUGCGAGCUCUGCGAUCACUCUCUGUGCGAGUGCUCUAAGGGAUACGCGAAAUUUGGCGGUAAAGACUGCGUUGACGUGAACGAGUGCGAACUGAACAGCGGAAUUUGCAAAGGAGGGGGCACCUGUGUUAAUACGGAUGGCUCCUAUCGCUGUGAAUGUCCUCCUGGAUUGACUUUGGACGCGACACAUACCACUUGCAUAGACACCAGACAAGAGACCUGCUACCUAGACUACCGCCACGGUCAGUGUUCGAACGCGAUCGAGGGUCAAUUUUCCAAGAGUCUCUGUUGCUGCUCCGUGGGUCGCGCAUGGGGCACCGAAAGAUGCGAGUCCUGCCCGAAACCGGGUACCCAUGCCCACCAAGAACUGUGUCCCAGAGGACACGGUUUUACCGACAAGCAGGACAUCAACGAGUGCAUCGAGUUUCCCGGCAUGUGUCUGAACGGGAGGUGCAAGAACACAGUUGGUACUUUCAGUUGCAAGUGCAAUCAAGGUUUUGCGUUAGACGAACACGGCAUCAAGUGCAAUGAUAUCGAUGAGUGCGAGAUCAUGCAUGGAGUGUGCGGGAACGGGACCUGUAGGAAUACGCCUGGCAAUUUUCAGUGCGACUGUAAUCCUGGGUAUCGCAGCAGCGAUAUCAUGAAAAUUUGCAUGGAUAUAAACGAAUGCGAAGAGACACCAGGGUUGUGUCUAGGAGGUACCUGCAUCAAUACCGAAGGCAGUUUCAAGUGCCAGUGUCCUCCAGGACACGAGCUGGGUCCCGACAAGCAGUCCUGUAAGGACAUCGACGAGUGCUCGAGAACCAGCGGAAUUUGCUCGAAUGGAGUCUGCGAGAACAUGAUGGGCACUUAUCAGUGCAUAUGCGACGACGGUUAUCAACAGACCGGGUUGAAGUCGCAUUGCGAGGACAUAAACGAAUGCGCGGCCAGUAAUGGAGGGUGCGAAGAUAUUUGCUUGAACACGCCAGGCAGCUUCUCUUGCUCUUGCAGCACUGGAUUUGCACUGAACCUCGAUGGUCGAUCCUGCGUGGACGUCGACGAGUGCAAAGAGAAUCCUCGAAUUUGUAACGGAGGCAAGUGCAGCAACAUCCCUGGCGGCUACAUAUGCACCUGCACCGAUGGACUGCUGCCCGGAAAGGACGGAGCAUCUUGCAUAGAUGUCGACGAGUGCACUACGCAGCCCCAGAUAUGUGGCUAUGGAGAAUGCUACAACACCAUCGGUUCCUUCAACUGUCGCUGCGAAGAAGGAUACUCCGUGAAACCCGAUGCGGGUCCUGGUUGCACAGACGACGACGAGUGUCUGCUAAAUGCUUAUUCCUGCAGCGAAUUCGCAGAGUGCCAGAACACUCAAGGAUCGUACGAGUGCACCUGUCAUGAAGGCUUCGUAGGAAAUGGAGUCGAGUGCAGGGACAUAAACGAGUGCCUCACGAAUAAUGGAGGAUGCGAUUCUAACGCACAGUGCAUCAACACCGAGGGAUCCUUCAAGUGUGUCUGCGAUGCUGGCUUCCGAGGCGACGGUUACACUUGCAAAGACAUCGACGAGUGCGCGAACGACAAUACCCUUUGCGAGAAUGGACACUGUCUCAACUAUCCAGGCUCUUUUCGUUGCGAGUGCGAGAUGGGUUUCAUGCACCCUGACGAAAAUAACGAGCAGAUGUGCGUGGACAUAAACGAAUGCGAGAUGUUCAGCAAUCUGUGUGUUUUUGGACGUUGCGAGAACAUAUUUGGCAUGUUCCGCUGCGAGUGCAACGAGGGGUACAAACUGGACGGCUCCGGAGGGAACUGUACGGACAUCGACGAAUGCGAAAAUCCACAAUCGUGUCAAUAUGGAACUUGCAUAAACACACAGGGAAAAUACGUGUGCAAGUGUCCGCCUCAUCACGAGCUGGUUGAAGCGGGAAACGCUUGCGUUGAUAGGAGAGAAUCGUUCUGUUUCAUCGGCUACGAACAUGGAACCGGAAAGCCUCAAUGCAUCUUCGAUCUCGCCUCCGCGGUGACGAAGGCGACAUGUUGCUGCAGCAUCGGAAAUGCUUGGGGCAACAAUUGCGAAGAGUGUCCGCACGAAGGAACCAAGGAAUUCGAGGACCUUUGCCCUGGGGGACCCGGGUAUAGACCUAAUCGAGUCACCGUGAUACUGGAGGACAUAAACGAGUGCGAGGAGCACGAAAAUAUUUGUCAGAAUGGACAUUGCACGAACACUUUUGGUAGCUUCAUGUGCUCUUGCAACGAGGGCUUCAUUUUGGACGAUACGAAGAGUAGCUGCAUUGACAUAAACGAGUGUGCCUUGCAUCCACAAAUAUGUGGAGUGGGCUACUGCAUCAAUGAUCAAGGGAAGUACCACUGUGAGUGUCCAGAAGGGUACAUGGCUAUGCCAGGAGGAAAGGAAUGUGUCGACAUGAGAAAAGAGUCCUGCUAUCUGAACUACGACGCCGGUCAGUGUUUCAAUCCCAUGAUGCAUCCACAAACAAAAAUGCUGUGCUGCUGUUCCAUGGGUGCUGCCUGGGGAAGUCCUUGCGAGCCAUGUCCAGCAGAAAGAACUCGCGAACACGAAAUCCUCUGCGGUAUGGUACCCGGUCAGAUAAUGAACCCCAUAACCAACCACACGGAAGAAAUCGACGAGUGCGCUCUGAUGCCAACCAUGUGUACUCACGGUCGUUGCAUGAACACUCCUGGCAGCUUCGAAUGCCAAUGCGAUCGCGGAUAUAUUUACGACCAGGACUCGCAUCAGUGUAUCGAUGAAAACGAGUGUUUACAGGUUCCAAAUCCUUGCAGCGGCAAUGCGCAGUGCAUAAACAAACAAGGCUAUUUCGAGUGCACUUGUCCAGCCGGGUACAAACUUGGAUUGAGCCAACGAGACUGCGUGGACAUCGACGAGUGCUACGAGAGACCCGGGAUCUGCAACAACGGUGCCUGCAACAACUUGCAAGGCAGUUUCCAGUGCGUUUGUCAUCCCGGUUUCGCGUUAACGAGGGACCGCGACAAUUGCGUGGACAUCGACGAGUGUCAACGUAAUCCAAACAUCUGCAAUAACGGGACGUGCGUGAACACUCUGGGCUCUUACAAGUGCAUUUGCUAUCAAGGAUUCAAGCUUAGCCCCAACAACGACUGUGCAGAUAUCGACGAGUGUCGAAUCAUGCCGUUCCUGUGUCGCAAUGGGAGAUGUCGAAACACGAUUGGGGCAUUCAUUUGCGAGUGUGCCGAUGGAUACGUUCUGGCGCAGGAUGGACAACACUGUAGGGACGUGGACGAGUGUCACGAGGUACCCGGACUCUGUCCUCCGCCAGGAAAGUGUCAGAACCUGAUGGGAUCCUACAUAUGCAACUGUCCUCCCGGCUACGAGUUAGAUCACACGCGCAGAAGAUGCGUCGACGUCGACGAGUGCGUGGAGACUCAAGGAAUUUGCGAAAACGGUCGCUGCAUCAAUACCGAGGGUGGCGUGAUAUGCGAGUGCCCAGUCGGAUUUAAAUUGAGCGAUAAACCAAAUUCCAUGCGAUGCAUCGACGUCAGGGAGGAGUUCUGUUACGAUCGUUACGUGCCACAUCUACGAGGACGGUGCACCCAUCCUCGCACGGGUGCCAUGACGAAGAAACAUUGCUGCUGCACUAUGGGCAAAGCUUGGGGCAAAUAUUGCGAAGCGUGCCCUUCAGAAGACAGUGAGGAAUUCAAACGACUGUGUCCCGAGGGCCCAGGCAGGGACGACACAGGAAUCGAUCUGAACGAGUGCCUGUUCAUGCCGGAUGCCUGUGCGGGUGGCGAGUGCAUAAACACGGACGGGUCCUUCAGAUGCGAGUGUCCUUCAGGAUACGUUUUAGACGCAACCGGAAGACGCUGCAUAGACAACAACGAGUGUCUAACUGUGCAAAAUAUAUGCGGUAAUGGGACGUGCACGAACAUAGACGGUGGUUUCGAGUGUUCCUGCAACGAAGGAUUCACACCAGGCGUAAACCAGGUCUGCGAGGACGUGAACGAGUGCCUGGAGAUGGGCAAUCAGUGUGCCUUCAGGUGUCACAACGCGCCGGGCUCGUUCAGGUGCAUUUGCCCUUAUGGGUACACUUUGGCACCCGAUGGACGACAUUGCAUAGACGUAGACGAGUGUGCUACCCCCGCAAACAACUGCAAAUAUCAAUGCAAGAACCUGAUCGGUAGUUUCAUGUGUAUCUGUCCACCUGGUUUUCAACAAAUUGGCAUGACCGACGAGUGCAAGGACAUCGACGAGUGUGCAAUUAACUCGGGACUGUGUCGAAACGGUCGAUGUAUCAAUUUAGAAGGCAGUUAUCAAUGCUACUGUUACGACGGUUUCGAACAGAGUUCGGACGGAAAAUCUUGCAUAGAUCGAAGAGUGGGAUACUGUUUCCUGCAAACCAUCGGUGGCAGAUGUACGGCUAGGACUUCCGAUUUGAAAACAGUAACGAAAGCGGACUGUUGUUGCACGAUGGGUGCAGCCUGGGGUCCUCAUUGUGAAAUUUGCCCUACCAAGGAUUCUGAUAAUUAUAACGAGCUCUGCUUGGACAAAGGUUUCUCCGUGGACGGACAAGAUAUUGACGAGUGCAGAACGAUUCCUGAUUUAUGCAGAAAUGGUCUGUGCAUCAAUACUUUGGGAUCUUAUCGUUGCGUUUGCAACAAGGGGUACAAACCUGACAAAUCUGGUACCCAAUGUGUCGACAUAAACGAGUGUGAAACAGUACCGAAGCCAUGCAAGUAUAACUGCCAGAACACGGAAGGAAGCUUCAUCUGUUCGUGUCCUGCGGGAUUCAUCCUGAAUCCCGAUGGAGUUAGCUGCAGGGAUCUGGACGAAUGCGCGACCGGAAAUCAUCUGUGUCAACAGAACUGCAUCAAUACUCAAGGAAGCUACACUUGUGGCUGCCAGGAAGGAUACACUCAAGAUGGAGACGCGUGUCACGACAUAAACGAAUGCGAACAACAUGGUACUUGUCCGAAACCGGGCACCUGCAUCAACACUCUUGGAAGCUUCCGGUGUAUCUGUCCGAGAGGAUUCAAGCUCGAUCAGAGUGGAAGAUUUUGUGUCGAUCAGAACGAGUGUGCUGAGGACAGCACUUGCGAACACGGCUGUCAGAAUUUCAUGGGAAGCUAUCGUUGCGGUUGCCCCGAUGGUUUCGUCCAACACUUGUACUACAAUCAAUGCAUCGACGAGAACGAAUGCAACACCUCUCCCUGUGGCGAUAAUACUUGCAUCAAUACUAUCGGUAGCUUCAAGUGUGGCUGCCCUGACGGCUAUCAGUUCGAUAACAAUUUACAGAUCUGUGUUCAGGUGAGCUCUGGGUGCGUAGGAAGCCCUUGUGCAUUUGGAUGCAUCCCUAACGGGGCGAAUGGUUUCAUCUGUGGAUGUCCAACGGGUUAUCAACGAAUUGGCCAGGGUCACUGUCUUUCGACGAUAAAUCCAUUAUCACAAGGACAUUACGGCGAGGAUAUCAGCAAUGCACCUACUUUCGUGAUCAAUCCCGAUCCUUAUCACAUACCACCGGCGGAUGAUAAGACCAUAUCGACAGAGGGUUGCUUCUCCUGCAAGAUCAACGGCAAAGGCCGACACAGAAGGAGUACUCGAACGAGAUUGAACGACGAGGAGAUGAUUGCGAGACGAAAUGAAAUCAUGAAGAGAAGGUUCGUCAGAUCUGCGAAGAGGCAUCAUCACGGCGAAGAAUACGUUCUCAAGAUCAGUUUGCGACAGACUAGGCACCGAAUGAGAAUCAUCAAACUGCAGCCUGCUGUUAAGGACGAGAUGGAGUACAAGAUCGUGAAAGGGAACGAGGAUAAUCAUUUCGAGAUCGUGAACGAACACGGCAUUUCUGCGUUGCAUUUCCGCAGUCGAUUGAAGAAACCCGAUCGAUUCAGGCUGUUGAUUCACGGAGGUUCGAGAAAUGCCAGCAACCAGGAGAACGAAGUCUGGGAAAGGCCACUCACCUUUAGAGUGCACUUAAUAGUGACGGAGUAAUUCCUAGAGGAACGGUGUUUCCGUUCUUUUAGUCAAUUUUCGUGUCGCCACGCGCAACGGGAGAGAAAUUAGCUGGGCUACAAGUAUUAUAUACAUGGCACGAAACUUUUUGAAAUUCGUUCGGGCAGGCGAAGCCUUUAAACGCUUUUUAAUUUGUGUUCAUUUGACUCGCGUCGUCUCACUGCCAAAUAACUUUUUUUUCUUAUUCUUUCGCGUGGAAACUUGCGAUUGAUCCUUGGACAGCAUUCAAUUUCCAAAUCUUUAUAUUUUUGGAUUCUAUUUCGUCCAAGGGUUAUUAACACUGCCUCUGCCUUAUUGUGUUUUACAUUUUUUCUUCAUCUACUGCCUCCAAAUACUCGUGAAACUUAAAAAAGAAGACUAAAGAAACAGGAAACUGCAGAAUUCUGCCACAAUUUAUCGUAGAAAUUUAACACUCUAGGAAUGUACAAACGAAAAUGAAUAUUUUUCUAAGUUUAACGAAUGUAUACAUACACAGACGUAGCUUUAUAUAUUUAUAUAACGUUUAUAGACGGCUAGAAGCGAAUACGGUGCAGAAUUCCAGGUGUCGAUUUUUAAUAAAAGAUAUUCGAGAUUAUAAUUUUAUAUCACGAUUAUCGAACAUCUGGAGCAACGUUUCUCUCGCACCGUUUAAGUGCCUUCAGGACAAUUAAAAGAGAAUUUAUAUAAGGCAAGUAACGUUAAUCGAUUCGAUAAUAUGUAUAAUUUAAUUAGUUGACGAUCGAUGAGUCCUGUUUAUCAAAGAACACCCAUACGAUUGUCAUUUACGAUAGAUAUGUGAAUAGAAACUAUGAUGGAUAAUUUUGUACAAUCGAUCGCGAAUGCGAGGAUUAUUCCAACCGAGAUGGUUCACAAAUAUAUCUGUUAUAAACCUA